AUGUAUGAGACACGGAUCUCCACGCUUGAAGAGCGCCUACUGGCCGAACAAGCAGAACGUGUUUAUGUUGCUGCCAAGGUUCCUGAGACGUGGAAAGAAAGAAAACUCAAUGAAUUCAUUCUGGAUAGCCCUCUUUCGUGGGAUGUGGAUGGUCUAAAUGGUGUUCUUGAACCAGGAGAUCUCUGGAAUUUGUCCUCACAGAUUCUACCUUCCUCUACUCGUUCAGAUACUCCAUUUUGGCCUGAUGGAAAAUUCAAUUCCUACACUGUGAAGUCAGGAUAUCUGCUUGCUUGCUCCCUUCGAGACAGAGCUGAGGCUUCUUCCUCGACUGCUGAUGAUUCACUUUGGCAUUGGAUUUGGGGUCUUGAGGUUCUUCCAAAAAUCAAACUUUUUAUGUGGAAGUGUUUAGCUGGGGCGAUACCUACUGCUAAAGCGCUUAUUUCUCGCUCGAUUGACGUUGAUCCUUUUUGUCGACGCUGUGGUAAUGCUUUGGAAACGGUGGAGCAUGUGUUGAGGGACUGUCCUUGGGCUUCUUUUGUGUGGGAAACCUCUCCUCUUCGACUUCAACCAGCCCCUGCCUCUGGGUUUUGCUCUACAGCUGAUUGGUUUGACAGCAUCCGACAAAUUCCCCAUGGUGAAGCGCACAAAACCUUUGCUAAUUUGGCUUGGGCGAUUUGGUUCUCUAGAAAUCUCUUGGUUUUCCAAAAUAAAGAGAUUUCUCACCUGGAAUGUUUGGCGACAGCCCAGAGAGCUUCUUGGACUAAAGUGAUUUCGCCAACAGUAGGAGCUGCUAAGUCUUUGACGAUGGUAUGCAGGCGUGAGCAGCAGGUUAAGAUUUCGUGUGAUGCUUCGGUUGUGGAGGGAGUUGGCGUGGGUUUUGGGGUGGUGACGACGGAUAAGGAGGGUGUGGUUUUGAACUGCUGUUUCGGUUUUAUGGUAGGGGUUUUUUCUGCACUUGAAGGUGAAGCUAAAGCAGUUUGGGAAGAUCCUGACCCAUCUUACUUUGGAGACACUCUUUCGAAUAUUCUCUCCUUGGCUGCCAUGUUACGUCUCUGUGGUUUUAGUUGGAUCCCCCGGGAAGGCAAUGCCAUCGCUGAUCGUUUAGCUAAAUUUGCUUCUGUUAAUCGUUCUGUUUUUACUUCUUCUGAUGUUCUCCCCGUUUUUGGGAACUCUCCUUCUUUGUCUUAA